AUGGCCACAGCUUGUAAAAGGUAAAUGUCAUGAACUUUUUUUUUUAAUGGUGUUUCAAAUGCAAAUAAUGCUUUUUAUGCUUCCAUAACAGCUUAAUUAGCAAGCAGUCUUUAGGAGGACUCCAUUGAGCCAAAUACUUUUGAAGUGUCUAUCCCUUGCUCUGACUAUCAGUGUUAAUAUUCUAUAAAAUGUUGUGUGUCGUCCCCGUCCCCGUCCCCCGAGUUGUUAUAUAGGGGAGGCUGUCUCUGGUUCAGUAAUUGCCAGAAGCAGUCCACCACAGUCCGACCUUAGAAGAAAAUGAAAGAAUGCACAGAUUUGGGGAGAGAUCUUCAUGAUAUCUUGCUGACAAUGGGUGCUCAAUUUGGCUAAAGCAAUGAUUUUGUUCCAGAAACUUGGUGAAAUUGCCAAGUGCAGCAGACUUGCAUGCCUUUGCUUUUUCUAUCCUAGGAGUUACAGUGGAGGCAACUUCUUGCAGAAUGGAGAAGUUCCUUUGAGUGGCAUUGGAAUUGAGCCACCAUAUAAAAUUGCUAGCUCACGCUGCAGUGUUCAGAUUAGUGGGUGGGUGUGUUGCGAUCAUGCUUUCUGCAGUGCUGUUCGGGGCUGAAAACUAAGCACUUGUAACAAAAUUUAUUAAACAAAAGCAAACCUUUUGGUUUUGGCAAGGGUGAGCUAAAUAAUGAUAACUUCUUAAGCAUGUUAUGUUUAAUUUUAAAACGCUUUUGUUCAAAUAAACAAAUACAUUCUACACUGUAUUUAUUUAAUGGCUGUUAACCUACCUUUCAGAGAAUCUGUCCUCUACAAGGCAGUUUUCAGCAUCAUGUAACAACACUGAUAGACUGAAAUUCCAUAAUAUUUCUUUUUUUGAAAAGCAAACAAUAAAAUGACAUUUAAAAGAUAGCAGAUAAAACAAAUCUUAAAAAACAGUGCCAUAAUUUUUUUCAAAUGCUGGCUAGAAUAAAGAAGAGGUAAAAAUAUCUUCCUGGGGAGGGUAUUCUACAAAUGCAGAAUCAUCACAGAAAGGGCUGUGUCCUUGUAGAAAACCAGCACUGUUGUAGAAUAAAGUUUUAACUAGCGCAGAACUUUAGAUAUCUGAACAACAUAAAAAGCUGCUUUAUACUUACUAAUAAUAAAACACUGUCAGCUGAGCUUCUGGAAAGCUUAGAAACAUAGGCUUGUUGGAAUCUCGAAACAUACCAAGGCCACUUUUUAAUAUAGCACAAGGAUUAAUAUAGCUCAGCUGAGCUGGUACUGGCAAAAUAAUGAUAAUAAGAAAGUGACAAAUUAUUGGGACAGCUAAAAAUGCGGAAGUAUUGUAAACAGUGGUUUUUAUGAAGCAUUUGAUGUGAGAAUAGAAAGUACUAUGUAAAAGAGGUGUACAAUAUGUAAAAGUUGAUAAUUGCAAAAGUAGACAACCGUGAGUGUAUGAUGAGCAGCUUAUAUCUGUGCUUGUAUCGUUGUAAGCAGCCUUAACCUAUAGGUAACUUUCAUUUGAAAUCAGUAGGACUGACUUCUAAGAGAAUAUGUUAUUGGUAUUAAUGAAUCACAUAAUAUGCUAGUUGUAUCACUUUUCCUCUUAGCUGCAUACAAAAUACUCACGUUUUUAUUUAAACCUUUACAGAUCACCAGGAGAACCUCACUCUGAAAAUAUUGAAGCUAGCCGAAUGUAAGUAUAACUAGCAUAUCAAAAGAGUGCAUUUGGUAUACAGUGGUACCUCGGGUUAAGUACUUAAUUCGUUCCGGAGGUCAGUACUUAACCUGAAACUGUUCUUAACCUGAAGCACCACUUUAGCUAAUGGGGCCUCCUGCUGCUGCUGCGCCACUGGAGCACGAUUUCUGUUCUCAUCCUGAAGCAAAGUUCUUAACCUGAAGCACUAUUUCUGGGUUAGCGGAGUCUGUAACCUGAAGCGUAUGUAACCUGAGGUACCACUGUCUUUUGUGUGAAACCCAGAUGCAAUAUCAGAGUUGCAUUACCUCCAUUCUUCAACAGCUACCUUUAAGUUGUACUUGAGAAAAAUUAUUCAUUGUUCACUUCUUCAACAUGAUGGUUUGCCCAGAUUAGGUACAUUGAGAACACGAGCAUUUGCCUAGAUUAGGUAUGUUGAAAUCAAUGGGAAAUCACAUUAGUCAUGACUUGACUUUUGCCACUGAUUUCAGUGGAAUCUAAGUGCAGCUAACUUGGCAAGGAUCCAAUCCAUAGAUCUCUUUGAUGUUUUUGCUAUGACAGUUCCUAGAGCCAAUAACGCAAGCUGCUCCUAAAGGUGAAUUACAGCUCACUGCCUUGGCAGGUAAACUGUGCUAGUGAAAAAUGUCACAUCACCCACCAUGUGCUCAUUCUGUAUGGGAAUAUACAUGACUGCUCUGGAUCACAACCAGAGGCUUCUUCAACUUUUAUUAUCUACAACUAAAAUUAAGCAGUGUCCAAUUGUUUAGUGAUACAGAAAAUACUAGGUCAGGCUCAUGAGUAGAAAAGGUACUGGUCUAACUACCAGACUUUGUAAUUUCUGCUUCUUGUUAUUUCAGUGUUUCUGGUUUAUGAUACCUGGUUUAUAUUCUGUGUGGCUUUUUGUGGUGAUUUAUAUAUUUUAUGUUUUGUAAUGGACCACAUUGGAAAUCUUUGGGUUGAAAGGCAGGCUAUACAUUGUCAUACUAGUAUUAAUAACUGUAAAUAAUUUGCUUCAUUAUACUUGUGCUUUUCAUAUUAUUGUAACUUGAAAUAAUCUAAAUUUUGAAGCUACAGCUGCAAUUUAAUUCCAUUUUAUUUAUUAGAUCAAAAUAAUUUAACUCAGAUUCUUUUAUUUGCCAACGGCUCAACUAACUGCUAAUAUGGAGUUAAACUGUUUGUAAGUAGGCAAAAUCCAUUCAUUAGUCUAGAUAAUACUUAAAAGAAGAAAGCAAUUAACCCUCUUCCUGCUCUAACAGAUUUGAUAGGGUGGAAACAACUGAUGACAAAUAUUGUUGAUGUGUAACUUGGUUAGAAAGAGGACCAAGGAGAAAUGAGUCAAAAUAUCAGGCAUUUUUAACCAGCUUCCUCUGAGAAUCUUACUUUUUGUUAACUGUGACGUUCAGAGCUAGAGGGAGUACCAAAGCUGGUUUGCAUGUAACACUAAACCAUGGUUAUGUAUGUACAGAAGCGGGAAAGAUCCCAAGUGAGGCUACAAGUUUGCAUACUCCUCUCUCCUCCCUCACAGCUAGAAGGACUUCACUAGUGUUUACUUUGUUACUUCGAAUUCCGGCUUGUGUAUGAACCAGAGAUCCAGGAUUAUAACUAAUCAGUUAGACAAGCCAGUUUCAUAAUCCAUGAUUUGAAGGUGGCUUGCUCUAUAACUGACCAAAGUUCAUUUAAACCACAAUCUCUGAUUCUCACAUAACAACAAGGUAGGACUGUGGAAAUGGAAAGAAAGUGCUGGCAAAGUCAUUCUCCUGACUGCAUGAGAUACGUAUGAGUCCAAGGCUUUGCUUUGGGCUCGUUGACGCAGCACUAAACCAUGGUUUAGUAUUAGUAUGUAAGUAAACUCAUGGUGAUUGUGACACUUAACUCUGUCUAACACUGGUUGAUUAGUUAAAUUUCAGUAAUUCCCAAUUUAUGCAUUUGAAAAAUGAUAAUAAAAUACUUGCCAAACCUAAGAAUACUGUUGUUAGUAAAAGAAUUGUCAGGCCCAUAGUAUAUUGUAUUUAAUUGCCAGUGCGUGCAUUCCCAUACAAUUUGACAACGUAUUUGUUUCCUUUGCUGUCUUCCGAAAACGGUUCUUCCAGUAUAUAGAGUAGCGUCUGUUCCUUUUACAUUAAAACAAGAUAUUUAUAAAAAACCAAGAAGCAGACCCAGCAACCACAAACAAAACCAUCAAAAUAAGUUUUCGUCAUGUGCCACCAAAAGCUGGAGACAAAAUUAUUGUUUUGCUUGGCACCUAAAAAGUUACAACUCAGCACCUCAUUGGUGUACCAUGGAGCAAGAUUCCAAAAGUUGUGGGCCACAGUGGAAGAGGCCCUAUCCACAGUUAGCCACCUGCUCUCAUGAUGGGAACAAUCAGUAGAAUAGCUCAAUAUAUAGGUAGAUUCAAACAAGAUUGGGCAGUCUUUCAGAUAAUUAGUCCCAGGCCCUUUAGGGUUUUCAAGAUCAUAACUGUCCCAGUGAAAACUACUCAGAAGCAAACAGCCAUAAUGUAAUUGUGCAGUAAUGAUAAUUGUGCUGAGUAUUCCAGUUGCAAUAGAUGUGUGGGAUAUAAAUCAUCUCAAGAAUAUCUGUACGUAAUUACACAUUCUAUUUUACUUAGUUUAUUUCCUUGUUUGUAUGAAAUUGUUAAAAUAAAUCUGUAUAGUAGCCAUCAUUUGAAACAGGGGCUUAGGCUAGUAUUUCUUAGAACACAAACCCCCAAUUCCUCUAGGAAAAAAUUACUUCAUGAAUUUUGUGAGGAUUCAUACACUUAAAGGUUGUUUUUUAUUUUAUUUUUUAUUUGUUUUAAACUGUAAAUACUUACAGCAUGGCUAAUAUCAAAUAAUAUUCUCUCCUUGGAAUGUCCUUUGCAUGCAAAGUCUUGUUACAAGGUCCAUAUCAUAAAGAUCUGCAUGGGGUACUUCUGGAAGGUUUUAUUUGGAAUUAAAAUAAUUCCAAAUAAAAUGGAGAGUUUGUGUUUUGGAGUUCACUUAUAUAUUCUUAGCCUAGUGAGCACUAUAUUUUGAGACAUCAGUUUUCAUUAAAUAAUUUAUUCAGACGUGUUUUAUGUAAGAGAUUUACAACUCCUGUAGUCUUGACUUCGAUGGUGAAUUGGAAUGAUCCCAAUAAUAUUUUAACAAUUUUAUUUGAGACAUAACUUCAAGUUUUUGCUCAGACUAGCAGAAAUAUUGAGCAUUUCUGCUCUGUGUACUACCCAGCAAAACUGAAGCAUUAAGAGAUCAGCUAUUGAAAACUCAUCAUUGAGUUCUUUAAUCAUCAGUUCUCAUCAUUAAGUCUCUAAUUAACCACUGUUCCCUGUUUUAUCCAAAGCAGGAAACUAUGGUCACCAGCUUAAGAGCAAGCCAGGAUCUUAAACCUUGUUUUGAACUUGGCUUGACAAUUAUAUAUCCCUGUUAAAAACUGACAACUAGGGGGGAAAAUGUUUUAGUAUAGUAUGGCAGCAUGGAAUUACAAUGCAGACAGACAUAUUUGCAUAUGAAGCAUGGAAGCCCCAGCAGCAUCGCCAGUAAUGAGAGAUGAUGAGACUCAUAGUCCAUAUCAUUUGGAGAAGCCAGGUUCUAGUCAUACACUUACUGUACUAAAUUUCUACAUUAUUGUGGAUUUCAAUAUACAGUCAUACCUCGGGUUACAGACGAUUUGGGUUGCAUGAUUUCGGGUUGUGCACCGCGCCGAACCCGGAAGUACCAGAACUGGUUACUUCCAGGUUUCGGCGCAUGCGCAGAAGUGAUAAAUCGCGCUUUGCGCAUGUGCAGAAGCGCCGAAUCGCAACCCGGUCGUGCGCAGAUGCGGCGCUGCGGGUUGCAGACGAGCUUCCUGCACGGAUCACAUGCACAACCCGAGCGUCCACUGUAAUGAGAAGGAGUGCAUAUAUGUAUAUGAGGAGCUUAGUAAUUAUUGUAACUGAAUGAUUUGUUGGAACCAAACUGACAAGUAUUGACCAUAACCCUGUCCUAAUUAAGUACUUUUGAAAGUUCUGUUACUUAAAUCUUUCCAGUUGAAAGUAAUCACAUUGAAAUGCUGAGCUUGGGGAGGGUCUUUGCCCCAGACUUCAAUAAUCUACAUUUUUUAAAGAAGCAGCAGACAAGUUUACACAUUCACAAACUAUACUGUGCAUCAGACCUAUUACUAUUAUUAUUAUUAUUAUUUAGCAGGUGCAUCUUGCAUUUCAGGAUCUCUUGAUGUGCAAUAUCUCUUAAAUUGAGAGAGAUUACUUCAGAGCCUCACUAAUCUGUGCUUUGCCGACCAUUUGAAUGAGCUUGUAUAUGAAAGCCAUACUAAUCCUUGUGCUUACUGUUUGGAUGUUUGGUACAGGAAGCGAGCAGCUGCAAAGCAUCUAAUAGAACGCUACUACCAUCAGUUAACUGAGGGCUGUGGAAAUGAAGCCUGCACGAAUGAAUUUUGUGCUUCCUGUCCAACUUUCCUCCGUAUGGAUAACAAUGCAGCAGCCAUUAAAGCCCUCGAGCUUUAUAAGAUUAAUGCAAAACUCUGUGAUCCUCAUCCCUCCAAGAAAGGAACAAGCUCAGCUUACCUAGAAAACAAUUCCAAAGGUGCCCACAACAACUCCUGCACUGACAGAAAAAUGAACAAAAAAGAAAUGCAAGGCCCAAGAGAUGACUUUAAAGGUAAGGCAUUACCUUUAACACUGGCUGCCAAUCUGCUUCAGGUCCAGUUUCAAGGUGUUAGCGGUAAGUCUUAAACAAGUGGAGACCUAGGCACUUGAAGGAGCAUCUCUCUAUACUAACCUGUCCGUUUAGCCAGUGAGGCUUUCCUUUGCCUCCCAGUUUUAGAGGCUGUACAUUACGUGGAGAUGGGGAAGAGGGUCAUUUCUUUGCUGGUGCCCAGUGAUGGAAAACCCUCCUUUCAGAAACAGGCACCUUGCUUUGUUGCUUGAUUAAUAACCGAUUAUUCAGUUGGGCAUAUCUGUUGCUUUAUACUGUGUUCCAUUUUGUGUUUUAAGAUGUGCUGUUGGUUUAUUUUACGUACCUUAUUUUUAUUUGAUGAAUCCUUGUUUUAAAUGAAUUACUUACACUGCCCUGAGAUCAAGCAGUAUAGGGCAGGCUAUAAAUAUUUGAAUAAAUAAAAUACAAUAAGGUGGCUUGUUUCAACAAACCAUGGUUAAGAUUAACCACCAUUUUGAAUUCUGACAUGGUGUUAACCUGGUUAAUUGAAAUCAAAAGUGAAAACUUUGCAGCACCCCCUUUACAGCUGUGCCAGAGCAGAGUGGGGAGCUGUGAGACCAGGGGGAUGGUUUAUCGUGACACUGAACACAGUCCUAGUUUCUAAUUCAAUCUUCUUUAGUCAUAAUAAAGUGCCAAAGUUGUUGUAUGCCUGCUGAAGUUGGUAAAUAGUGGGUCUCUGCUUAAUACAUACUUCUGCUUAAUACAUAGAUUUUAACCUAAGUUCAACAGUUUAACCUAAGUUUAACCUAAGUUCAACAGAGGUUUUCUGCUUUGUGUUUAACAUUGUAGAUGUGACAUUCUUAACAGAAGACAAAGUCUAUGAAAUCCUUGAGCUAUGUAGAGAAAAAGAGGACUAUUCACCUUUAAUCCGUGUCAUUGGGAGAGUAUUUUCUAGCGCUGAAGCUUUGGUACAGAGCUUUCGAAAAGCCAAGCAGCAUACUAAGGAAGAACUGAAAUCUCUUCAAGGAAAGGAUGAAGAUAAGGAUGAAGAUGAAAAGGAAAAAGCUGCCUGUUCUUCUGCCAUGGAAGAAGAUUCGGUUGCACCAUCAUCAUCAUCAUCGAGAACAGGCGAUGCUGCGCAGGGGGAUAACAACCUACAAAAAUUAGGCCCAGAAGAAGUGUCUGUAGACAUUGAUGCAGUCAGACGGGUCUACAGUAGAUUGCUUUCUAAUGAAAAAAUAGAAUCUGCCUUUUUAAAUGCACUUGUGUACUUGUCGCCCAAUGUGGAAUGUGACUUGACUUACCAUAAUGUGUACUCUCGAGAUCCUAACUAUCUCAACUUGUUUAUUAUCGUUAUGGAAAAUGGUAAUCUUCACAGUCCUGAGUACCUGGAAAUGGCACUGCCAUUGUUUUGCAAAGCAAUGAGUAAGCUACCCCUGGCAGCUCAAGCGAAGCUGGUCAGAUUGUGGUCAAAGUAUAGCGCAGACCAGAUCCGACGGAUGAUGGAAACGUUUCAGCAGCUUAUAACCUACAAGGUCAUAAGCAACGAGUUCAACAGUCGCAACUUAGUGAAUGACGACGAUGCCAUUGUCGCUGCUUCAAAGUGCUUAAAAAUGGUUUACUAUGCAAAUGUAGUGGGAGGGGAUGUGGACACGGAUCAUAACGAGGAGGAAGACGAAGAGCCAAUCCCAGAAUCCAGCGAGCUAACGCUUCAGGAACUGCUGGGCGAGGAGAGAAGAAAUAAAAAAGGACCCCGAGUAGACCCACUGGAAACGGAACUUGGUGUAAAAACUAUAGAUUGCCGAAAACCACUUAUCCCCUUUGAAGAGUUUAUCAAUGAGCCACUGAAUGACGUUCUAGAAAUGGACAAAGAUUACACCUUCUUCAAGGUAGAAACGGAAAACAAAUUCUCCUUUAUGACGUGCCCCUUUAUAUUGAAUGCUGUUACGAAAAACCUGGGAUUGUAUUAUGACAACAGAAUCCGUAUGUACAGUGAAAGGCGCAUCACCGUACUCUACAGUUUAGUUCAAGGACAGCAGUUAAAUCCGUAUUUGCGACUCAAAGUGAGACGGGAUCACAUCAUAGAUGAUGCUCUUGUCCGGGUAAGUGGCGUAUUGGUGUAAAAAGGUGUUUGCCCAUGUUUGAAAAUAAAAUAACUAGAAGCCAGAUUGUUACUAUGUUAUCGACUCAGGUUUCCUGGUGUCUGAAGUAUUAUAAGCACUAGUUGAGGUUAUCAUUGCUUUGGGGGACUGAUGUGUGGAGGAGCAGCCUGCCAUGUACACAUGUGCCGUAUCGUUCCCAGAAUUACUCCUGGAAAAACAUUUGAACGUAUGUAAAACGUGUAUGGCUUUUCUUUUGCUAAAACCAAAAAGCCAUCACAUUAGAAUUUUAAUCUGUGCACAAAUGUUCCUGGAAUAUUUUGAUUUGGCACACUAUGGCUUUUAUCCACAGAUGACCAUUCAGAAAGAGACUUGAGGUUCUUGGAAGUUCAUUGAUGGAUAAUGGUACAUUGCAUGUUGUGACAGCGGUGGGGGAAAAUUACACUGCUUUAUUUCAGGUGUGCAUUUGAUGGGGUGUAUUGGUUGGCAAUACUCGUUUAACUAUCCGUUUCAGAGUGUCCCCGUAAUUUGGUCACAUUCAUGGGCAAUUGUCACGUGAAACAGUUUGUGGUAUAAAGUAGCAGUCAGGUACUCCAGCGUGUGAGCCUAAUAAGCCCAGUAGGCCUCCCUCUUUGUCCUGUGAAGCCAUUUUGACCAAGCCACACCUACCUUCUACACCCCUGUUGCAGGUAAAAAGAUUCAGCUCCCUGCCAAAAGUGGAGUUUUCAGGCACUGUCAGUUCAGCUAGCUGGUGCUGAUUGCAAAACCAUGUUCCCGUACAAGCAUCGAUGAUAAUCACAUUUGCCCCUGUAAAGGCACAGGGCUUCACAAGCACUGGCGUUCAGUGGAGGCAUCCACACCUACAAAGCACUGUGCCUUGACCUGUGCAGUUUGAUUUCAAACAACACAAGCAAAAUAAAGCACUUCACCCAUCCCGCCUUUCAGAAUGUCACACAGAGCUAUGGGGACCUAGGCGUCCAGCCCGCCAGCUGGAAACUGUCACUCGUCCCCGUCCCCCACAAUUUAAAAAGAAAGAAGAUAAAAAUGAAAACACCACCUUCUGUAAAACUUAUUAAAGCCUUUCCCUCCCUGUGUGUGAACUGAUUGUUGUUGUUCCUUCCCAAAGACAUCUCCCGCUUCCACGACAUGCAGACACAUGUAGAAUCAUAGAAUCGUAGAGUUGAAAGGGACCCUAGUGAUCAUCCAAUCCAACCCCCUACAAUGUAGGAAUCUCAGCUAAAGCAUCCAUGACAGAUGGGCAUCCAACCUCUGCUUAAAAACCACCAGUGAAGGAGAGUCCACAGCCGAGGGAGACGGUUCCACUGUCAAAGAGCUCUUAACUGUCAGAAAGUUCUUCCUGAUGAUCAGUCAGAAUUACCCUUCUUGUAGAGAAGAGGCAAUUUGCUCCACGGAACUGGUGGUAUAAACCCCUAGCCUCUUCAUUGCAAGCCUUUCUGUGGUUCAUCUUAACUGUUUGAAGCUCAACCUGCCCCUCACAAAGCCGAACUGGAACCAUUAAAAAUUCUCUCAUUCAGUCUUAAUAAAGCUAGUCUUCAAACCAGUGGUCUACAUAGCACCAAGAGGUGUUAGUAAGCAAAUUUGUCAUUGUCUGAACACAUGUCUUGGGUUAACAGCCUGGCAUCUGGGGAACAAAAGCUUCAUGGAGUACUGUACUGAACUUUGCAUCUCUGUUGUGUAGGUUACUAAAGUUUCACAGUAGCUUUCCAGCAGUGACCUCUUGAGUUUGGUUAGAGGAAUAGAAAAUAUGGUUCGUGCUUUUUUCCUAGAAUGCAGGUUCUUCAGUUUGUGAUAGGAAAGAUGAGCAGUCCCUGAUAGGGGAAGGAGCCGUGAAUCAAGUCUUCCGAAACCUGUGUCACUUAGGUUAAAGAGUUUAACUGCAAUUCUGGUUCUGGUGCUGGUGCUAGCAUCUAGCGUGUAAGAAUAAUGUGCAGUUGCAUUAACAUUGAGUGGUAUCAAGUGGUCCUGUUCCACUAAUGAAACAGAGCUUUCCCCUUCUCUCUUCUCUCCUGCAGCUCCCCACUGGUAGACCCUAUAGGGAAGAUUUUGAAGGGUAUACAGGGGAGAGGAAGUUGCAUUGUGCAAGUGGUCUUCCACUCACACUUAUGCAACCCACUGCCUUCUAAUUACAUUCAUUUGAAUUGACUCUAUUUAAACUAGGUUAUAUUUAUUUUGCUGCAUUGUAAUAGAACAUAAAACAUAAUAUAGAUAAUAAAACAGCAUUAAAUCAUAAAAGCAUCACGAAUAAAAACUGCAGAAAUAGACUAAUUUGAAAAGGCUUGGGAGAAUACAUUUUCAGCAAACAUCAAAAACGUUAACAUUCUAUGCAGCGGUGAUAAGAGUCUCCUUAUUUAGACCUGCUAACUUGAUCAAGUCAUAAAUAGUGCAAAGCUUUGGGCUGGAUUGAAGACUUUGGUGUUGUCAGGAGAAUCCUGAGUGAAGCUGAGGAAGUCAGCUGCUGUUUACCUCAGAUAAUUUUUCAUGCAUGUGAGGGGAAAACAUGAAUCUGCAGCUUUGCACUAGUCUGAAAGUUUGAGAUUUUAAAUUAGUUGCACGUGCUAUUUCAUUAAGAGUGAAAAGGCUCCUUCAUAUGCCCCUGUGAGUGGGAUAAUUUGAUCUCUCUUUGGUGGCUGAAUUCCAGAAGUAUUGGUAGGAAGUGCUGCAUCAGGAAUGGCAAGCCUUUUUCUGUCCAAGGGAUGUGUUGAUCCUUGGCCAAUCCUCCAUGCCUGCCGUUGUUGUGGCCACUCCACACACAUGCACACUGUAUCUGUACACACAUCCCAGAACUAAGUUUCUUUACUGGCAGUCACAGAAUUUGGAAUUGCAGUAAAACUUGUAUUUGCCAUGGCAACAAUCCUGCAAUUGCGCUUUGAGUAUCUAAAUGAUUGCCAGUGGCAGAAGGGAUAACCUUGGUCACAACUUGUUUUGAUUCCGGCAUUCUGUUCCGCAAUGGUGGGGGUGCACAUUCCCUGAUCCAGUGUAGCUGCAAGAGAAAGCUGCAUUACAGCUCACAUUCCGCUCUUGCAAAUCUAUAAUUCACUUAGUAAGUUUCCAAACUCUUAGGACAGAAUUCUCGCCAGAACCUGUUUACAUUGAUCCUGCAAAUAAAAUGGAACAUUGUGUUCUAUAAAACCUAGUUUAAGGCUGCUAUAUUUAAUGUGUGUGUUUAUCUAGUUUGACUCAGCUCCAUUCUAAGCUGGAUGUCUUUCUGUUUUUCAUUUGCUCAGCAGUGCAGUUGGAUUUAUAGUAUCAGAAAUCCUAUUCCUGUUCUGCAAGUAAUUUUUUCCUCGGCCUUGGAUAUUGGCUGCCUUUUGUUAGCCUUUCCUUUUUAUGUACAACACGUUUACAUUGUGACUUGAGUACCACCGUUAAAUUGUCAAGUAUGUAUCGUGUACCUUACUACACCCAAGAUGCAUCCUGAAACAGUAAACUUUCCUAAUUACCAGGCAACUACCUUCCUACUCUGAACGCUGACAAAGUGCCUUUAUAAACUUUUAAUUCUUGUGCAUUCAUGGUCAGACUCGGUCUAAUAUAUAUUUGAAAAUUUGGUUUCACAUAUAUUUAAGAAAUAACUGAUUUGCUUCUGUUCUGCAAGGCCUUGUAACCAUCACAGAGUAACUUUUCUCUAAACUAUAGAUUCAAAACAGAUGUUCAAUUAAAGCAGCCUUUGGCAACCUGGUGCCUUUCAGGUGGAUGGCACCAGGUUAGUGAAGAUUGACUUAAAACUUGUAGUUCAAGGCAGUGGGAACUGCCAGGUUCUCCACUAAACGCCUGAUAUCAAGUAAUUUGACACUUCUAAGUGCUCUCCCAGUUGUUUCUUUGCAGUUGUGGCUUAAAUACAAGCCAAGGCUGCAAAGACUCCUGCUGGAAGUGUGACUUGCAUUCAUUAGGGAUUGGCUCCAUUCAGGAGCUCUGAUCGUGAGCUUGCAAGUGCUUGCAUUUGGUACCAAAUUUAAAAGCCUCUGGAUGCAAGUCCCAUUUGCAGAAGAAGAAUUGGGGGUGCAUCCUAAGAUUCCCGGUUGCUUUUGUGUAGCUGUGACUUUACCUGCCCUUCACCUGAUGUCAUAUGAUGUAAGGUGGGGAAAUUGCCUUGUGGGCCUUGUUUUGCCCAUGAUCUGAAGGUUCCUCCUCCAUGACAUAGAAUAUAUUAGCCCGAUUCACAUGUCUUUGGAAACUGUAGGUAAUAGUUUGGUAUGAAUGUGCCUAUCUGGACAAUAUGACUCUCACCUGCUGGCACACAGGGGAUAUAAACCAGGAUUCGUGACUUCGCAUUAUGUCAAAACCAGGAGGCACGGACUGUUUUGCUGCCAGCAAGCAAAACAAAAACAAACCUUGGCUACACAUCCUGGUUAGGGAGUGAAACAAACUACAAUCCCUGCUUUAAAUGUAUCACUAAGGUAGUUCAGUUUUGUUUCCUCUCAGCAUAUGCUGCAGAGAAGCAAGAUCAGUGUGGUCACAAUAAACCAGUGUUUUUCAACCACUGUGCUGUGGCACCCUGGGGUGCCUUAAAUGAUGGUCAGGGGUGCCACGGGCAACACUGGCCUCUGUCCCUCUUUCCUUCCCUCCCUCUGAUGCCUUCUCGAGUCCCUGCCUCCCAAAGAUGUGCACAGCUGUUUGUUGCAGCUCCUCGGGCGAAUGGUGUCUCUGGGAGGCACCUCUCUUUGGGGCAGGGAGGGGGCAGCUCAUAGACCAGGGACGGCUGCAGCAACUGCCCAGAGGACUCCGAAGGAGAGAAGAGGAGGCUGAGGGAACACUCCACACAAGAGGGUGUUUGGAAAAUGGUGAGAGGCUGCCAGCUCUGCAGACAAUAACUGGGCUCCUGAGCCCCGCAGGGGUGCUGCCAAAAAAAUGUGGUUGGUCAAGGGAGCCGAGGACGGUUGAAAACCGCUGCCAUAAACCAUUAACUAUGGUUUGCUGGGAUGUGAGAACAAGGCCAUUGUCGGUUGAAACAUUUUGCCUAACUGAUUGAUUUGCAUACAGCUUCACUCCAUAAAACUCUCCUUGCAUAUCUCGUGUCAGUAAAAAUGUCUACUCGUAAAGCAAAGUUCUUUAUCGCCUUUUUAUAUUUAAUUGCUCCAAUCAUAUUCUAAUGACCUUGUUCCAAGUGGCUGGAUUAAAUGAGAUACCUUUCCGUAGUACAAAAGUAAAACGUUGCCCCAAUUUCAAUGAUGGUACACAUUUUAUGUGUUACGUUUCCUUCUUAGAGGAGUCAAGAAAGUUUGUGUUAACCCAGUAAUGGCAUUAAUUGCAUCCCGGGAGGGUCAGAAGAUCAUUCUCUACAGUUCUUUCCCCUGUAAGGCUUCAGAAAACUUAGCAGUGAGAAACUGGGCAGUACAAAGUGUUGUGCAAUACAGAGAGAACUUUCCCUUGAUAAUCUUAGUGGUUUUUUAUUAUGUCUGCUGUAUGGUGGGUGAUGGAGUGUUUUGGCAUCAAACUUGCUCCUGGGUAGAUUAGCUGGUGACUUUUUCCCAUCAUCUGUAGCAAGGAGCAGCAUGGUUCACUUGGGUUUGAACCAGUUGUCAGUUUUCUUAAUAAUAUUGAGUGUUAACGGUGUCAGUUUGGAUUCAAUAUCUAUUGUAUAAAUAGAUAUUUUAAGCCUUCUACUUUGAAGGCUACAUAUAGAUAUCCAAUCUAAUGGUGCAGAAGAAAAAAUUCAAGAAACUGGGAUAAACGCAAAAAUAUGGGCAUGAGUUGUAUUAAAUGUGCCCCAACUCUACAGAAUUUUGCUCACACAUGCUAAACCAUAGUUUAGUGCCACAUGAAGAAGCCACCUUGAGCCUCGUGUGUUGCCUUCCUGUGCUCAACAGAGAGAUGCCAAUUCAGACCUGAAGCAGUUAGUGUUUGUUCACUCUCACCUGCACACAAGGCUCAGCUUAAUCAAUGGCACAUGGAGCGGCGGCUGUCUAACAAACCAGCAAGCUCCCUGGUCGCUCCUUCCUUUUACAUCUGGAUUGGAUUUUAAAUACUUUCCGUCUAUAAGACACCCCCAUGUAUAAGACUCAGAUUUAAGAAAAUGGGGGAAGAUGGCCCAGAGUAUAAGACACCCCCUAAUUUUUGACAUUGUUUUUUAGGGGGGGGGCUUAGUCUUAUACACGGAAAAAUACGGUACAGUACUGGUUAACUUGCCAUCGGUAGCGCAAGAGACUAUUCAUCUCCAGAUUGUGGGUUUGAGUCCCACUUGGGAAAAGAUUCCUGUAUUGCAGGGGGUUGGACUAGAUAGCCCUCAUGGUCCCUUCCAACUCUACAAUUCUAGUAUAGAAAUCAAGGAAUCUUAAGGAAUCUUGCAGAAGAAACAUUUUUCUUCCCCUAUGGACCCUUAUGCAACCCAAAAUGCCUCUCUAGAGGGAUGGAUGGGAGGGCUCCAGAAGAUUUUGCGAUAAGCAGCUGGGGUGGAGGGAAGGAGAAGCAUCUAUUCUGUGAAGUUCUUUUUCUAAGGAUUCAAGCCACUGUGUAGAUCGUGGCUUCUGAUCCUUCGCAGAUACUGUCAUGUCUAUCUUCAAGGCUCCUUUUAAGGCUUAUUCAGAAUAUGAACUUGUAAGAUGUACUCUAAGAUCCUGUGGACUAUUUUUAAGUUUGAAUCUAAAAGUUAAAACUGUUGUGCGUUCUAAAGGAAAGAAUUGGGGAGGGGAGGAGAGAUCUCUGUAGGAUUUGUGCAAGGCUUUGAGACAAUAGGAGUCAUCCUCAGCUAUUGCUGCGGGAACGGUACUAGUCGCUGGAGAUGACAGUAAUCCCCUCAAACUCUGAGCCAAAAGUUCAAAUUCUGAAGCAGCAACUAGAGGGAGGACGGUGUGGUUCCUACUCUUGGGGAUAGUUCCAAGAGCACUUUGGGAAGCCUUUUUCCUCUUUUUCUUACCUUUCCCUGUUUAGGGAAGUAUUAAAUGACUAAUGUUUAAAUGUAUUUUUAAUCUUUUGUUGGAAGUCACCCAGAGUGGUGGUGGUGGUAGUGUUAUAUUCCUCCAUCCCGGUCUAGCAGAGCCAUCCAAAACAUUCUCUAGGCAUGUGCACAGUGCUUGCAGGCCUUCCCAGUCAACUUCAUCCCCUCCUUCUUUUUUCUUAGACACCACAAUGGGAUGAGCCCAAAGUGGGUCACAUUGUCCACCCCCCUCACUGUGAACCUCAUUAUGUCCCCUGCUGUUCUGUAUAACAGACUAUAAAUAUUUUCUAUGGCAAGUAUUUAUUGUGACCGUUACCCUGAAUCACUUGUAACAAACUGCUUCGUUUUCUGAGUCUCACUAUUCCUUACGUCUGUUAAAAUGUAUUUUUAAGAUAAAACAACAGCUUUCAUUUUUGCUUGUGUAUAUUGUAGUGAAGCAGCAGAGGGAGGUGGGGCUGUUUAGUAUAUACACGGCAUGGUGACCUAUAAAAUAGGAUGUACUAAAGGAACGUUUUGUUUCUUAUUCAAUAGUUAGAAAUGAUUGCCAUGGAAAAUCCAGCAGAUUUGAAAAAGCAAUUGUAUGUGGAAUUUGAAGGAGAACAAGGGGUUGAUGAAGGAGGAGUUUCCAAAGAGUUUUUCCAGCUAGUUGUAGAGGAAAUCUUCAACCCAGAUAUUGGUACGUAAUUAACUUCGUAUUUAUUUAAUAUGCAAAAUGGUCUCGUCUUCUUAACAGUUAUCUACUCUUUCCAGAGCCAUAUGAAAACCCAUCUUUCUAGGUUUUUUGUUUUUACUUGUAGCUUGUGUACCUCAGCCUUAGACACCAUUUUGUGACAAGUCAGCAAAAUUACGUGACAGUCCUUCUAGGGGAUGGUACACCAUUUUCACAUGCAAGUGUGCCUUGGUUUUGAGUGCUCACCUGCCCACUGGAAGCCAGCUGUAGCUAGCUGCCUUCUCCCUAAAAUGUUAGCUCUCCUUGUGCAGGUAGUGUGUAUGUCAUGGAAUGUUCAAGCAUCCAUUUCCAACACACGCACACACACACACAGUUUCAGUGGAUUUUGGAAUAUUGUGGUAGCUUUAUUAUACAUGGGGACUUUUGAAUGAAGCCCGGAUGAUGCUGUGAACUAAGCUGUGACUAAAGAACAGGUGGAUUUCUUCAUGUGCCUCCUCCACAAGAGGCCCAGAAGGUGACAACAUGAAAACAGGCCUUUUCUACAAUGGCUCCCCAUUUGUGGAAAUGCUCUCCCUCCGGGUUUAUACUUCUUUAGGCGCCAGGUCAAAAUAUUCUUCUUCCACCAGGCCUUUUACUUACUGACAUCCGAUGCCCUUUUAAAUGUGUUCUGGGAGGGGAAAUUAUUGAUUGGUGUGUUCUUGUUUUUAUUAUGCAUUUUUUGUGUUUUUUAUAUUGUUAUGUUGUGAACUACCCUGCAAUCUUCGGAUACAAAUUUAUUAAGUAACGAUAAUAAUAAAAAUUAAGCUUUCAUUUUUUUUCUUUUUAAAAAAAGUCUUGCUAUUCAAUUCAUCGGUAUUAAUUUUGACAUGCUUUUUUACAGGAAUGUUCACUUAUGAUGAGUCUACAAAAUUGUUUUGGUUUAACCCAUCGUCUUUUGAAACUGAGGGACAGUUUACACUGAUUGGAAUUGUGCUGGGUCUAGCCAUUUACAAUAACUGUAUACUGGACGUCCAUUUCCCAAUGGUUGUCUACAGGAAACUAAUGGGCAAAAAAGGAACUUUCCGUGACCUGGCAGACUCUCACCCUGUAAGUUGAUAAUUACGUUUGGAAAUCUGUACUUAGAAUAGUUGUUGUUGUUGUUGGCAGUGUGACACUCUCUGAGUGUUCUCUUGCAUGAAACAUCAGUGGCCAUUGUCUCAAAAUUGCAUAAUGGGGACCAAAGUUGAGAGUGUUGCUUGCUUAGUAGUUCAUGACAGAGGCAGUGUUUAAACUGGUGACUUCACAGCUCCCACUGUUUGCCGCUUCACUGCACAUAUCCACACCAGCUCUUAGUCUUGCGGAAGUUUGCUUAAUGGGCAUUUUAGAAAAGUCAACAUUUAGCAACACUUCUAGUCACCUGUUAAAUAUACAGAACAUGAUGUCAGGUGCUCAAGGAAAAGGCUGCACAAUGUGCAGUGUCAAGAGGCCUGUACUGUCCACACAAAUAUGCUUUGCCAGUACUGAAGAAGAGGGGAGCGUGUGUGUAAGGGAGGGUGACUGGGUCACUUAACCUGUUUGUCUUAUCUAAGCAGCUGAGAUCUUAAAUGUAUAGGGUGGCAGCAAGCCAUAUUGGCAGCUGAGUUAUAUGGACGAUCACAACAGUUUCGAAACUAGCUUUCUGAAACUUCACAAUGUAGUUGUGAAAGCAAACAAUGACCGUGAUGUUCUCGGUGUUAUUUCAGUCCAAAACAGAAACUUGCAUCUGUUCCAAAGUUUCCUUUAGUUGAAAAUCUAUUGGAAAUUAUGGAUAGUAAAAAUAGGAUAACUUCUUCUCCAAAUGCAAAAGGAAGUGUGUCCGCCCGCCUCCCCUGCUCUUUAUCAGACUCCACUUAUAGCCAUUGUUAAGACACACACUUGCUUGAAACAGUAUCUUACUGUGUGCAUUUUUUUUUUUUAAUGAAAGGCAGCUCUGGGAGGCCACAACCUUGAUCAGAGCAGUAGGCAAGGGGUUGUAAAGAGCUUUUUCCAUUCAAAUUUGUCCUCCCCUUGUUGCUUUUCCACUUACCGGGAUGUGGGGAUCUCUUCCCUGCCUGUGGAAAAACAGCCCAUGAAGGUGAUUUGGAUAGGAAAAACAGCCUUUGAAUAAAGGAUUAAAGAGCUCUCUCCCCCUCCACAGUUGCUGUGAUCUGAUUCACAGUAUCCUAUAGCUGCUUUUCGUUUAAAUCUGGAAACUGACAUGGGUGUAAGUAAAAACAUACAGUUUGACCCAUAACGUUCAUGCAUACUGCAUAAUUACCAGGUCUGUUGCUGGGGCUUUAAAUCCUUAUGAAAUAUGUCUUGUUUCGUUUUAGGUUCUCUAUCAAAGCUUAAGAGACUUGUUGCAGUAUGAGGGAAGCGUGGAAGAUGAUAUGAUGAUAACCUUCCAGAUAUCUCAUACGGAUCUCUUUGGUAAUCCGAUGAUGCACGAUUUAAAGGAAAAUGGAGAUAAAAUCCCUAUUACAAAUGAAAACAGAAAGGUAAUUUGAAUGGGCCACCAGUUGCUGAGUGAUUACUUGAUCAAUAUUCCAGGAGAACAGAUAGAAACACACCUUGUAUGCGUUUAUAUAAAUUAAGCUCAUUUGCAUGAUCUCUGCUGAGGCUGUCAGAAAGUUGUAUUUUCUCAUUUGCUAAAUUUGUACAACAACAAAUAGUGCUCAAGGUGACUAACAGCAAUAAAAUACAAAGCAAAAUAAAUAAAAAGUGUGAAAAUAAAUUGAGUGAAACAUAUCAACAAAACUGAAAGAAAUGCCACCAGUUCAACUAAUUUCAGCAGACUUACAAUUGCCCUAACAAGUCAACUUGUAAGGCCAAAAGGCUAUAUGAAUGAAAGCAUCUCUGCCUGCUAGCAAAAGAUAAUGAGAGAGGGAGUAUAGGAUGAACCACUGAGUAGGGGAUUCUGAUAAAAUAUGAUUCUGAGAAGUGAUUUUGGGGGAAAUUCUUGUGGUACUGCCCUCCCUGUGGAAUACCCUCCCAUCAGAUGUCAAGGAGAUAAAGAACUACACAAUUUUUAGAAGACAUCUGAAGGCAGCCCUGUAUUCAGAAGUUUUUAAUGUUUGAUGUUUUAUUAUGUUUUUAUAUUCUGCUGGAAGCCGCCCAGAGUGGCUGGGAAAAUGCAGCAAGAUAGACAGGGUAUAAAUUGUUGCUGUUAUUGUUAUUAUUUAUUAGAUUUUUAAAUACCUUUAUUAGAAGUAGAUGAUGAUGUGUAACAUUCUCUGUGGCUUGUUUUGUAAACCACUUGAUUUCAUGGAUGGAGUGAAAAGAAAUAGGAUUUAUUUGGGGAAAGCUCAAAAUUAUUAGCAGCCCGAAUGAUAUAAAUAUAAGUUAUUAAAUAGGGGGAAGUCUGUUCUGAUUUUCGGCAGCAGUUCUUCCUAUUUCUCACCUGUAGCCACUUGUUAGUUGAAACAAAGAUUCGCACUUGACCACUGAGGAAACCUUGCAUUAUUUGUCUUUUUAUUAAACAGGAAUUUGUGAAUCUGUAUUCUGACUACAUUCUCAACAAAUCAGUAGAGAAGCAGUUUAAGGCCUUUCGAAGAGGAUUCCACAUGGUAACCAACGAAUCUCCCCUAAAAUAUUUAUUUAGACCCGAAGAGAUUGAAUUGCUCAUUUGCGGAAGUAGGGUAAGGCACUUGAAACGUGCAAAAGACAAUAACUUGCUCUCUGCUGAAUAUCUAAAGUCUGAGGUGGUGAUACAAUGUCUUGUAUUUAUAGAACCUAGACUUUCAAGCUCUAGAAGAAACUACGGAGUAUGAUGGCGGCUAUACCAGAGACUCUCUAAUUAUUAGGUAGGAGGUUUAAGUUUUUCUGUGGCUAAAAGGAGAAGACUCUGCCUGUUAGCAAGUGGUGUGAAUAGCUAAAUUACGACACAAAUGUACCAGAUAAUGCACAGUUUAGAAAACGAAAAAGAGAUGUGUUUAAGGCUUCCAGUUUUAAAAUAUACUAGAUCUUUUUUUCUUGUCCAUUCUGUGGUUAAACCAGAAGAUCUUAUAGGUUAAAAAAUUGCAUGUGGAAGGAUGACUACAAGAGUAGCAAAGAGGAGGGGAUGCUCCCCGCCCCAAAUAUUUAUUGUCCCCUCCCAGUUUUCAGGCCCUGUGUUGCAUGGAUUAGAUCCUUGUUCGCCUAAUAAUGGUCUUUGACCUUUCCUGGCUCCCCCAAAUAGCUUUUCCUAGAGCCUCGCCUGGUCAUACAGUAGCAACUUCUGUUUUGUAAUCAACGUGGCUAUUUGGAAAAGUUUUGCACUUGCCAAAAACACUGGAGGACCCAUUCUCAAAUUUUGCGUCAUGUGGUAGUAUGUGCAUGUUAGCGCUCUCAACAGCUAAGGAUAGUAAUGAGAAAGGGGAGCGUUAGGUAACUUAGGCAGUGUGGGAAAUGAGAAGGUAGACUGCCAUCCACUGUCCUCAUCCCCAUCCAAAGCCCUAAAACAGACCACUGCAGCUGGGUAGAAGUCUGUAGGCGUUUGAAGAAAUGUGAAUGCAGUUCUUCAGUCAGGUAGGAAUAUACAUUCAGAAGCACCAUAUUCCCCUACCUGGAUUGAGAUAUAUGUGUGCCUCUUUAUAUAAUAUUUUUGCAUUUGAAAACACCCUUAAGCAAUACAGUGGUACCUUGGGUUACAUACGCUUCAGGUUACAUACACUUCAGGUUACAGACUCCGCUAACCCAGAAAUAGUACCUUGGGUUAAGAACUUUGCUUCAGGAUGAGAACAGAAAUCGUGCAGCGGCAGCAGCGGGAGGCCCCAUUAGCUAAAGUGGUGCUUCAGGUUAAGAACAGUUUCAGGUUACGAACGGACCUCCGGAACGAAUUAAGUAGGUAACCAGAGGUACCACUGUAUAUUGAUACAGUAUGCUUGCAUUUGCUACUUCUAAGGUUAAGGGCAAGAUAUAAGCAGCACAAGACGUUUUGCUCUGCCCAGAAUAUUUAUUUAUUUUCAUUUUUGCUUCAACAGAGAAUUUUGGGAAAUAGUCCAUUCAUUUACAGACGAGCAAAAAAGACUAUUCCUCCAGUUUACAACAGGCACAGACAGAGCCCCAGUAGGAGGACUCGGAAAACUAAAGAUGAUUAUAGCCAAAAAUGGCCCCGACACAGAAAGGUAAACUCGUUUGACAUAAAUCUUACUUUAAAAUUCAGAAAUGUAAGUGUAUUAUGCUGCAAGUGUAAAAAAUAGAUUUUUAGCCUCUUUCUGAGUGAGUUCUCCCUCAGUCCCCACUACAGUCAUACCUCGGAUGUCAAAUGCCUUGCGAGUCAAACAUUUUGGCUCCCAAACGCCGCAAACCUGGAAGUGAGUGUUCCGGUUUGUGAAGGUUCUUUGGAACCCGAAUGUCCGAUGCAGCUUCCGAUUGGUUGCAGGAGCUUCCUGCAGCCAAUCGGAAUCUGCGCCUUGGUUUGCGAAUGUUUUGGAAGUCGAAUGGACUACCAGCACGGAUUCCGUUCGACUUCCGAGGUACGACUGUACUAGUUGUUGAUUUGAGAAAAGCUACAGUAAUGGCUUGUGCGUUUUGUGUUCCGCUCUCCCGUGACCUGAUCGUUUUCUCCUCUUCCCUUUCUCCGUAGGUUACCGACGUCUCACACAUGCUUUAAUGUCCUUCUGCUUCCAGAGUACUCCAGCAAAGAAAAACUUAAAGAGAGAUUGUUGAAGGCCAUCACAUAUGCCAAAGGAUUUGGCAUGCUGUAA